AUGCCGUUCCGACAUCGAUCCUUUCAAUUUGUGGCCAGUGAUGUCAAUGGGCUUCCUCAGAAUCGCAAGAAAGCUCAACGUGCAUGCAUGAACUGUCGCAAACGGAAACGACGCUGUACUCAUGGAUCACAACGACCCCAGGUAUCCGGAGAUACUCAAACGCGAGUUAUCUUGUCUCCACCAGUGAACGAAGAAGAAGAACCCACCAAUAUUCCGGGUAGUUCUGAAGUGAAUGAGCAUCAGAAUGCUCAAGCCCCUCCCCAAGGGGCAUGUAUUGACGGCGAAUCCUGGUUUGUGGGUGAUUUAGAUCCAGAAGGUGCAUUCCUAGUUGCAGCGAGUCCAUCUUCAAGCUCUAGGUCAAUGCGGCGACAUGGUGAUGUUGGCGUUUGGUUAUCCGCAAGGAACGCAUAUUCUCAGCUUGCAGUCAAGAAGCCCAGGUCCAGUCUGAUGUCUUGUCUGGAUCCUUUGCUAUCUUCAGUCUUUCUGCCUUACUUGGAGCAUCAAUGUUUGGGGGCACUUCCAGCUCCCAACGAUAUGAAGGAGCUUCUCAAGAUUUAUCUUGAAAACGUACAGCCUAUGUUUCCAGUCUUGGAUUAUGAAUCCUACCAAAUCCUCUCUGACACAUCUCCCGAAAAGAUCCUCUUAUCCCAGUCAAUUUGUAUUGCGACGAGUAUAGAUCGGGGUGCAAAGGAAUACCUCCGUCUACCAACUACGCGAUGA